AUAAAUUUUUGUACAUUUCUAGGAAUCGUUUUAUUACCAAAUUACCCAACAACACCAGUAGGGUCUUUAAUCAGUUGUAUCGCCAUCAAUCAAUCAAUAAAGUCAACUUAUCUUUGCGCUGGUUCAGUCUCAAUUGGCGCGGCUGGGAGAGAGGAUACGUGUGUGAACUUGGGGACAUUUUCAGUGCGGUGUCGGAAUCACUUGGAAUACAUCAGCCACUUGGAUCCGGAGUUAAAUGGCCAAGGCACGCAGAAAACGCUUCCGUCUGAGCUGUCCGGAUAUAGAGUUAGAUCCAAUUAGAAGAAGCCGCUAGGAUGGACAAGCGAUCGCUGUGCCUGCUGAUCAUCUGCCUGAAUGUCUGCCUGGUCAUCUGGUUGGUCAGUGUGCAGCAGGUGACGCUGCUGGAACCGGAGGUAAUGGUCGACUUUGCCGGUAUGAGCAGCACCCACCAUCCGCCCAUGAGUGCCAACAGAGGAGGACUAGCAGCAGCAGCGGCAGCAGCAGCAGCAGCAGUUGCAGCAGGAGGUGCGCGAGCGGAAGCGGCAGCAGUAGCCGGGUCAGCUGGAGGAUACGUACGGAACCGGGGUGGCCGGAGCAACCCAAACCAAAUACCAUACCAGCCUAGUCGCACAUUUAGUCUUAACGAUAGCCUAGUUAGCAAUACAUUCGAGCGACCGGCCACACCCUGGCCGACGACUCCGCGAACGGCCGCUUCCCUGGGCCAGAGCACCACCCACCUGAUGGACAUGCCCAAUUUCGAAUACCAGAUCAGUCAGCCAGCCUGUGAUAAGGACGUUAAGGCGCUGGUCCUGAUCCACUCGGCUAUUGACAAUGCCGAGAAGCGGAGACUCAUCCGAAGUACGUGGGCGAAUCGCACAUACAUAAACCAAACGCCGCUCCGUGUGAUCUUUCUGCUCGGUGCCGUUUCCAGUAAUUAUGCCCCCACAUGGCAGAAAUAUCUUGGCUGGGAGAACAAAUAUUACGGGGAUAUACUCCAGGGCAACUUUGUGGACGCCUACCGAAACAUGACCUACAAGCAUGUGAUGGGUCUCAAGUGGUUCACCGAGAACUGUCCAAACGCACAGCUGCUGGUCAAGGUGGAUGACGAUGUAUUCGUGAAUACGCCGCAACUGGUCAAGUAUAUGGAGGAUCCCUCGUUCCCGGAGCAUCAGCUUCUGGCGCAACCGGACCUGUUGCUCUGCCGAAUAGUCAAGGAGUCGAGGGUCAAGCGAAGCUAUCGGUCCAAGUGGCGGGUGACCUACAAGGAGUACCCCCACCGCUUCUACCCGCAUUACUGUCCCGGCAUGGCCAUCAUAUACGCCUCGGAUGUCGUCCAUCGACUGUAUAAGGCGGCCCAGAAGGCGAAAUACUUUUGGGUGGACGAUGUGCUCGUCACGGGCAUCCUGGCCGAGGAGACGGGCACAAAAAUCACCUCGAUGUCUCACUAUUUGGAGAGCAAAGACGUUUGGCAGUUGCUCGAGGGUUCGACCGAUCUAGAUGACCCGCCCUUCCUCUUCACCAACCAUGCUGUCACGCCUGAGGAGAUAUUUGGCAUUUGGCAGAUGGUGAUGGAUCACGAGCGCAGUUUAAAACAAAGCAAAUCAUUAAAAGCACCCGCCUCCUCAAUCGCAUCAGCAUCAGCAUCCUCUUCCAAUUCCAACACCAUCGCGCCAGCGGUGAUCGAUGCGAAUUUUUCCGAGGCGCAGACGAGCUCCGGCCACAGCUAGUUUGACUGGCAACUCAAUGAAUUACGUUUAGUUUCUUUGGCUGUUCAGUUUUAGGGUUUCGUUAAGCUUAGGUUUUUAUUUUGUAGUUAUUCAUAAUGUUAACUGAUUACUGAUAGGUAGCAUUUUUUGUAGGGACGUACACAACGGAACAUUGCAAGUAAAGUGAACCACCAACCACCUGCCUACAAUCAUUUGUAUCAUACGGAACCGUAACUAAUCUAAGCAUUAUUCUAAUAGUCAUGUAUGUACAUCCAAUGCGAAUCGCUCACCAAUAUAACCAACAGAGAACCAGAACACCAACAACCAAAAGAAACCCCAACAACACCAAACUCCAACAGCAGCAGUAAGAACAAUGAUGAUGAUAUCGAGCAGAGCAACCGCAACAUGGUUUAACCUUAAGCACAACUCUUAACAUAUAAGACAACUCUACCAUAGUACUUAAUUGAGGAAACGACGUAGGGACACGGCUAGGCUAAAUAGAGCGCGAGCUGACAAACUGAGGACUCAAGUCUUUUUUGAUCGUAGUAAUAUGAAUAUAUAGGCCGGCAAUAUAACCAAACCAAAAAAUAUUGAAUUCGGACAAGUGUUUAGCCCAAAAAACGAAGCGAGUAAUUUAUUAAAAUAUACGUAGGAACAAAUAUGCGGCAUGUGCCGUACGCGCUUAUAUGAUAUUUACCUAUUAUUCUUUAUUUUGUAUUCUAUUUACUGCGCAAAGUGUAUUUUGUAGCUAACCAUCUCUCUGUUUGUAUCCUUUCGAUUCUAGUAAUUCCAGUAACGCCAAAAAGAUAUGCAGAGACGGCAAAAAUCACACAUUUAUACCGAUAAAUUUAAUGAAAUUAAAGAAUAACAUAAGUGGGAACAGUAAAGGCAGGAACGUUAACAUGAAAUAUCAAAUGGAAAGUAGGGAACGAGUCCGAGGAUACGCUGAAAACGAUGAACAAGAACGAAAAUUGUAACAAAUGAAAUUUAUAAAUGUCUAAAUGAAAUUAAUUAAAUGUUCAAGUUUGUCAGAAAUUAUAUUGAAAAUUAUUUCCAAAUACAAAUUGCAAACGAAA